UUUUUGGGCAAAUAAAUUAACUUUAGAGCGCUCUUGAUAUGUAGAAGUAACAGGUUUUUUUUUUUUUUUUUUUAAAUAAAAUCAACGGAGAAGAGCUCAUGUGCGAGGGUUCUCUACUGCACCCUCGCAGAGCAGGAGAUAUUUCUACUAGUGUGAUGCAUCUUAAAGCAUAAACGAUCUUUUCCGUGACGCAUAUUUAGCGCGAAACUCGGUUUUGGAAGCUAGCUAAAGUGAAAGCGGAGAAGUUAGAAAUGAGUAAAAAGGAUAACGGCACGACACUCAUCCUUGCCUAUCUGAAUGAGAAGAACCGACCCUACAGUUCUCAGGAUGUCUUUUGCAAUUUACAAAAGCAACAUGGAUUGGGCAAAACCGCAGUGGUCAAAGCCAUGGAGCUGUUGGCUCUAGAGGGCAAGAUAAAGGAGAAAGCAUAUGGCAAGCAAAAGAUUUAUUUUGCUGAUCAGUCUCAGUUCAAAGAUGUGAAUGAUGCAGACCUGAAGGCGAUGGACUCUCAGAUCUCACAGCUCAGUGCAGAGAUGCAUUCCCUCAACCAGAGCUGCAGACAGCUAGAUUCAGAGCUGAAGGAGCUCAGCAGCUCUUUGACAACAGAGGAAGUGAUGUCAGAGAUCAAAGCGCUGAAAGCAGAGUGUUCAGGGUACAGAGCGCGUGUGGAGAAGAUAAAGUCGGCCACGAAUCACGUCACACCAGAAGAGAAAGAGAAGGUUUACAAAGAGCAGAAUGCUUACGUGAAAGAGUGGAAAAAGAGGAAAAGAUUGGCUUCUGACAUGAUGAAUGCAAUCCUGGAAGGCUAUCCUAAGAGCAAAAAGCAGUUCCUGGAUGAAGUUGGAGUGGAGACUGAUGAGGACUGCAAGGUGGUUGUUCCAAGUACUUGAAAGAACAAGAAAACACUUGUUCAACCACGUCAUCAAUGCAAGCCUGUGCAGUGCUUAGCUAAGAAUAUAGAUUAUACAUCAGAGCAGUCUGAGCCACAGCACAUUCUUUAUUUAUAGUCUCUCUUGAACAAAUAGUACACAUUUAAUAAAAGUUCAAUGGAAAAAAACUUCCACUGUAAUUGAAAGUAUAUUUAUACAAAAAUAGCUGUCAUUUUCAAGACACUAACACUACGUCACAUCAUUACACAGCAUUGACGGAUGCUUGAUACCUCGUAGGCAACGUUGGUUUAUUUUUUUACCUUUUUAAAGCCGUAAAACCAAUCCUGAGCCUGUGAUGAAAAUGUCAAAUGAAUUGGUCAUUGCUUUGAGAGCUGUAUGGUCUUUGUUCAUAUGGUUAAGUCCAUAUUGCUGCCAUGUUUUUUGAAAACUACAUAAAAGAACCACAAUGUAUAAAGCAUGAAGGGUUAUUCAUGACCUUCAGGUAUUAUGGAGGGUUGUCAUGUUUUCCCCUCUCCUUUUGUUAAUCAUCCUUUGUACUGUUUAACUCGGUAUUGCUUCCAAGUUAUUAAAUGUUCAUGACAAUAACUGUUGUGCUAAAAGAAUUUCUCCAACAAAAAAAAUCAAACUCUUUUUUUUUUUUUUAACUAUCUUAAAAUAAAGAUAUUUUACUGCUGCAGAGAUGGGGACCAGUGCCCAGCCAUAUGAUUUGUCCUUUUCUGCUGCACUUUUAUUUCCAUUUUAAUUGGGGAAAAUUAAACCGGACAAACAUUCAAUAUUGGUGAUAUAGGUGUUUUUUUUUUUGUUUUUUGUUUUUUAAUUAGAACUAUCAAAGACAAUACUUAAAGCAACAAGACAGGAUAAAAAAGUAACACUUCCCUGUGAUUAAAGCAACAACAGUAAAGCAAUUCUGUAUUAAAUAGAUUAGUCAUUUGUAUGACAGAUUUUACUUAUGGUGGAAACAAAGCCAUCAAGGAAAUUAGCUUAAAAUUAAAUCUUUUUCACUUCAUUAGUCACUAUAAAUCUCGCUACAGUGAUGGUUUUUACAAAGCAUCAGCCCUGAAGAGUCUGAACAUUUUCCACUUAGUGGUGUUGAAUAUUCAUUCAUGUUGAGUAAACUGUUACUGAUAAUAAAAGCCACUGACAACCAAAGUAAAGCAUGUGGUCGUGU